AUGAAUGGACAUAGUGAUGAAGAAAGUGUUAGAAACAGUAGUGGAGACUCAAGCCAAUCGGAUGAUUCUGGGUCAGCUUCAGGCUCUGGAUCUGGUUCGACUUCUGGAAGCAGUAGUGAUGGAAGCAGUAGCCGGUCAGGCAGCAGUGACUCUGGAUCUGAAUCAGGCAGUCAGUCAGAGUCUGAGUCAGAUACUUCCCGAGAAAACAAAGUUCAAGCAGAAGCACCGAAAGUUGAUGGAGCUGAUUUUUGGAAAUCUAAUCCCAGUAUUCUGGCUGUUCAGAGAUGGGCAAUGCUCAAGAAACAGCAGCAACAACAGCAGCAGCAGCAAGCUUCAUCCAAUAGUGGAUCAGAAGAGGAGUCUUCUAGCAGUGAAGAUUCUGAUGACUCAUCAAAUGAAGUUAAGAGAAAAAAGCAUAAAGAUGAAGAUUGGCAAAUGUCUGGUUCAGAUUCAGAAUCUGAGGAAGAAAGAGACAGAAGCAGUUGUGAUGAAACAGAAUCUGAUUAUGAGCCAAAAAACAAAGUUAAAAGCCGAAAACCUCAAAAUAGAAAUAAGCUUGAUGAGGAGAGAAUAGAAACAAAGCAAAACAAAACAAAGCAAAGCCUCAGGGCCAUCAGCGCUGAGAGGUGUGGUGACUGCACUGAGGCUGUGAACUGCGGACUCUCCGCUUUAAUUGGCCUCCUGGGGAACGCGGAAUGCUGUCUGUUUGUCGCACUUGUAGAGAGCUUGGCACACAACCAUUUACAGCUGUUUGGAGCCUUAGCAUACAACAGAAAGGGCCUGCUGGGUCUGGCAUUUGCUGGCACAGCCUUGGAGUCAAUGGAAAAGUCUGGCCUCUUUUGUGGUCCUUACAGUGCAGAUAUGCAGACAGUAGAGUACACAAGGCACUAA